AUGAGAAACCAUACAGGAAUAAACCAAUUUGUCCUCCUGGGAUUGUCAGAUGACCCAAAGCUCCAGGUUGUAAUCUUUGUCUUUCUCUUCAUCACCUACCUGCUCAGCAUCACUGGGAACCUGACCAUCAUCAUACUCACUCUGCUGGAUCCCCACUUGCAGACACCCAUGUAUUUCUUCCUCAGGAAUUUCUCCUUAGUAGAAGCCUCAUUUACAACUGUCACUAUACCCCGAUUCCUAGGGACCAUUUUGUCAGGAGAUAAAACUAUAUCCUUUAAUGACUGCAUAGCUCAGUUAUUUUUUUUCAUUCUCUUGGGAGUCACUGAAUUCUACCUGCUGGCUGCCAUGUCCUAUGAUCGCUAUAUUGCCAUCUGCAAACCGCUGCAUUAUCUGACCAUCAUGAAUCAAAAAGUCUGUACCAUUCUGGUCUUUGUCUCUGGACUGGUUUCAUUCUUAAUCAUCUUUCCUGCACUCAUGUUGAUCUUACAGCUCGACUACUGCAAGUCAAAUAUCAUUGACCAUUUUACCUGUGAUUAUUUUCCCCUACUGCAACUUUCUUGUUCAGACACAAAAUUCCUAGAGGGAAUGGGAUUUUCUUGUGCCAUAUUUACUCUCAUGUUCACCUUGGCACUAAUAGCUCUAUCUUACAUAUGUAUCAUCAGAACCAUUUUAAAGAUUCCUUCUGCUAGUCAGAGGACAAAGGCCUUUUCUACCUGUUCUUCCCACAUGGUGGUCAUCUCUAUUUCUUAUGGAAGUUGUAUUUUCAUGUACAUUAAACCCUCAGCAGCAGAAAGAGUGUCUUUGAGCAAGGGAGUGGCUGUGCUAAAUACCUCAGUAGCCCCAAUGCUGAACCCCUUCAUUUACAGCCUAAGGAAUCAGCAGGUCAAACAAGCCUUCAUGAAUCUGGCCAGGAAGACCCUGUUUUUCACGAGUACAUGA